GGGUGGAGUAAAGCGGGGCAGCGCCCAGACACGCUGAGCAGAUGCACAUAGUGUUGCAUCGUCACACUGACAGAGUAGAACCUCGACGCCAGCACCAUGGACAACUUCCAGACGGUCCUGCGUUUCUUCAUGAACCAGAAAACCACGAUUGGCUACAGCUUCAUGGCUCUUCUGACCAUAGGAGGGGAACGGAUCUUCUCCAUAAUUUCUUUUCAGUGCCCUUGUAACCCAGACCAGAACUUCGCCUAUGGAAUGACCUUCCUACUGGGCCCAGCUGCAGUGCUACUGAUCUUUGGUCUGAUCCUCAACAACAAGUUGUGGAGGCUCUACACUGGCUGCUGCCUCAACCCCAUGAAGCUCUGCCCCCGUGGGAACUGCUUUGGCUGCACCAGGGUGUCCGUCAGCAUCCUGACAGAGGCCUGUGUGGCCCCUGUGAUGUGGCUGUCUGUGGCUCUGCUUAAUGGCACCUUCUAUGAGUGUGCCGUCAGCGGCCUUGAUGAUAAACUGGUGUUGGAUCUGUUUUGUAAAAACACGACCUGGAUAUGUGAGCAGGAGCUGGCGCGGGUCCCCUGUGGCCGGACCAAGCUGCCUGACAAUGAGCGCAUGGAUCUGCUGCUGAUGUUCAGAGCCCAGUCGCAGGUCCUGGGCUGGUGUAUCAUCAUCACGUCCGUGUUUGUGGGCCUCCUGGCAACAUGCUACAAAAGCUGCCGCUCCAAAGUCAGCUACCUGCAGCUCACCUUCUGGAGGCACUACAUGGACAAGGAGAUGGAGCGCUUCGACGCCUUGGCUGUGGAUUACGCCACCAAACUGGCCGAGAGGAACCUACAGAGUUUCUUUGAGAACAAAGAUCCUGCUCCGUUUCCUUUCCCAAAUCACAAAGCCUGGGAGGAAAUCUCCACACUCUACAGCUUCUCCAGGAGUGAACAGUAUUACAGCACCCUGCAGCGGUACGUGGAGAGGACAGAUCGGGACUUCACACCUGAAAGCAGACUCUUCAUAGAUGACCAUGAAGAAGAAACCGGAUAGA